UUACUACCCACCCCCCAACCGUCAGAAUUCAGCUACAUCUACCUAUCAAUCCGCGCUCGAUUCCGACAAUUAAAGAUCGACAAUAGCUAUAUCCUUGACGUCCACUACCCUGCACACGAUGUUGUUGCAUUACUUGUACAUAAGGAUUUUGUUCCCCACCUGACUGCCCAUCAGAGCAACGUCAACAUUGAACUCAUAGCAAACUUUGUCCCACCGCACCUCAGCACCUCAGAUUCGCGUCAAUGCCGAGCCUGA